AUGGCUCAAGUAUUAGAAGUAAAAGAAAUUCAAGAAGAAAACAGAUUAGAUAAACAAAGUGAAGACGCGUCAUUUCCCCACCGAGUCUCAGAAUUUUUUCGCGAAAUAUUUUUCACUUUAUUGCGAAUUAUAUGGGCAACAUUAAAACUUCUUUUUAGUCGUAUUUUGGCAGUAAAUAUGCUUAUUUUAAGAAAGAUCGAGGCGGUGUUUUGUUAUUCAUGGAAAAAAGUUUAUGCUGCAUUUGAGUUUCUAUUACGAGGAUUUCAUUUCUGGUGCACCAAAAAUAAAGCUAAGCUCUCGCUCGCUGCUGUGUCGUUUCUAUUAGGAUAUGGAUUUUAUUUCGGUAUAAAAUAUCAAGAAUAUAUACAAGAGACUGCAUUCAAGUACUUUGUGGGUGCAACAAAUUCGACGAAUAAAAAUUUAUUUGAUCUAGGUUUUCCAGAAACAUCGGCGUAUACUCAACACUUGGUCGUAUUAUAUGAUCUUGCUGACACUUUAAGACAAAGCCACGAGGUUCAACAAAAUGGUCUGCUUAUCUCCGGUUGCCUUAACGGUUUAGCCGAGGAUAUUAAAGUUGCUGAAGAAGAUAUAAACGACUUUCGACGCAAAUCAUCAGAAGCCAUUAUUAAUUUACAAUUUAAAAUGUCAUUAAUCUACGACGUAUUAGAUGCUGACAAAUCAUCGGAUGAAGAUGAAAACUUCUAUUUCUACGACACAUAUAUUCCCGACCUUCUCGUUGACCAAUUUUAUAAGAUGUUCACGUAUUGGAAUGAUCAAAAUUUCUCGGGAUUCAUUCAACGGCAAUUAAAAUUUCUGGAACUCGUCUUUCGAGACUUCAAAGGACAAUUAAACAAGAUGAUUAGUUCUUUGAGUAAGGUUAAACUUGAUGCUAGGAAUCUUUCCUUUUAUUUGCUAGAUGCUGAAAGAGAAGCUGAGAGAGCAAUUAAAAACUAUUGGGCUGAAAGAUUCAUUGAUUAUGGCAAAAUAAUCAGGGCAGAAAAGGAAUUAAUACAAGUUCGCCAAAUGAAAAAAUUCAUUAAGUCAUUAGUUGCAAAUUUGAAUGAGUUUGAUCACUACCUGAGAGAUUAUCAACGCAAGUUAUUCGAUGUCGAGACAGACAUAGUUUAUACACGUGCUUUGAAAAAGCCAUCAAAAGUGUUGCUCAAUUACUUGAAAACUUCCGCGAAUCAAUUCCAGAAAACACAUCGAUUAUUUGAUACCAUCGAAAAGAAAAUAGGUGCUGGUCAGUCAACAUCCUUAAAAAAUGCAACAGCUUUAGAAUACGAAGAAUUAUACGAGACGAACAACCACCAGUCUAAAUUGCGGACACUAAUUCCUCAACAAAAGAUUAACGCAAGUUUAUCAUACAUACCUCCGUAUCCGGAUUUAAUUUAUUAA